GCUCCGGACAUAGUGCUGUAAAAAUGCUGCUCUCUGUGCCGCCAAGGACAGGAUUCAACCCAUACAACGGCUAUACCAGCAGACUUAGUAAAAAGCCGACGUAUGUGUCCUCCAGCCACCAGAUGGCUCCACCCAGCCCCAACCACACCACCAGCAGCAGCAGUAGCGGCAGCCUCAGUGGAGAGCAGCUGAGCAAAACUAACCUCUACAUCCGCGGCCUCCACCCGGGAACCACAGAUCAGGACCUGGCCAAACUGUGUCAGCCGUGA